UCCGCCCCCGCCCCGCAGCGCCGGCCCCGCCUCCAGUCCUCCAAGAGCAACGAGUUGCGCGGGCGGACGAACGCCACAGGAAGUGUCGCGCUGACCCCUCCCCCCGUUGCUCGGGCAACCGGAGCCGCUUCCGGUCACGUUGAGCAGAAGGGGCGGCGCCCGCGCCGGAAGGCGGAAGUGCCGCGGCGUUUCCCGUCUGUGGCGGAGCCGCCGCCGGGCGAGCGCGGCCGGGGGGACCCGGCGGGCACCGAGCGGCUCCUCCGGCAGCGGCCGCGGCCGCGUAGGGCGCGGUGGGACACCGGCGCGGCUUAGCGGCGAGGCUCGGUGAGGCCUAGAGGGGCCCGGCCCGGGGUGGGCAGCGGGGGCGGCGAAGCCUCCGCCGGGCUUCAGGAGUUGUGCCCGGGCCGGGGGAGGCCGGAGAGGGACUCGGAGCGGGUUGGGGGGGCCGCCAGAGCCCGCGGGGGGGGGGGCGGCAGCAGGAGCCCCGGAGGAGGAGGAGGAGGAGGAGGAGGAAGGGCAGGAGGGUCUCGCCCCCCGGCAUGGCGGCCCCGGCGGCGCUGGGCGGCCCCGGCUCCCGGCCGGACCCGGUGGAGACGCUGCAGGAGGAGGCGAUUUGCGCCAUCUGCCUCGAUUACUUCGCCGACCCGGUGUCCAUCGGCUGCGGCCACAACUUCUGCCGCGGCUGCAUCUCCCGGCUCUGGGCCCGCGGCGGCCCCGAGCCCCCCGCGGGCGGCUCCGAGGGCGGCUCCGAGCUGGAGGAGGAGGAGGAGGACGAGGACGACGAGGACGAGCUGGAGGAAGACGAGCUGGACGUGGAGCAGGAGGAGGAGGAGGAGGAGGACGAGGCCGGCGUGGACGAGGAGGAAGACGACGACAUGUGGGAGGAGGAGGAGGAGGAGGAGGAAGCCGAGCUCUGGGAGGACGCCGCUGAGGACGAGGAGGAGGAGGAGGAGGAGGAAGAAGCCGCCGCGUGGGCGGGGGGCGCGCAGGGCGGGCUUUACUUCGGCGACGAGGACUACGACGAGGACGUGAUGGAGGAGGACGUGGAGGAGGAGGAGGAGGCGGACGAGGAGGAGGAGGAGGAGGAGGAGGAGGAGGAAGAGCAGCCGCCUCCCCCGGCCCCUCCGCGGCGCCCCGCGGUCUUCACGUGCCCGCAGUGCCGCAAGACCUUCCUGCAGCGCAGCUUCCGCCCCAACCUGCAGCUCGCCAACAUGGUGCAGAUCAUCCGGCAGCUCCACCCGCGGCCGCAGCGCCCCGCGGGGCCCGGGCCCGGCCCGGCCUCGGCUCCCGGGGGUCCCCCGGAGCUCUGCGAGAAGCACCAGGAGCCGCUGAAGCUCUUCUGCGAGGUGGACGAGGCGGCGAUCUGCGUGGUGUGCCGCGAGGCCCGCGGGCACAAGCACCACAGCGUGGUGCCCCUGGACGAGGUGGUGCAGGACUGCAAGAACAAGCUCCAGAGCCACCUGGAGCCGCUCCGCAAGCAGCUGGACGCGGUGCUGAAGCAGAAAUCCAGCGAGGAGGAGAAAAUCUCCGUGCUGAGGGAGCAGAUGCAGGUGGAGAUGCAGGAGCUGGAGGCCGAUUUCGAGGUGCUGCACAGGUUCCUGGCGGGGGAGCAGGUGCUGCUGCUGAGGCAGCUGCAGGAGCGGCACGAGGCGCUGCUGGCGCGGCAGCGGCGCAACCUGGGCGCGCUGGAGGAGCGCGGCGCGGCGCUGCGGCGCCUCAUCGCCGACGCCGAGGCCGCCGGCAGGCAGGACGGGCUGCAGCUGCUCAAGGACAUCAAAGGCACUUUCAUCAGGUGUGAGAACAUCAAAUUCCAGGAGCCCGAGAUGGUGCCGGUGGAUGUGGGGAAGAAAUUCCGGAAUUGUUUCCUGCAGGACGUGGUGAUGAGAAAGAUGGAAAAGGUCUUCAGCAAAGUGCCCCAAGCCGACGUGACCCUGGACCCCUCCACGGCCCACCCGCGGCUCAGCCUCUCGCUGGACCGGCGCAGCGUCCGAUUGUCCGAGCGGCGCCAGGAGGCGGCGGGCAGCGCCCGGCGCUCGGACGGCGACCUUUGCGUGCUGGGAGCGCCCGGUUUCAGCGCCGGGCGUCACUACUGGGAGGUGGAGGUGGGCGGCCGGCGCGGCUGGGCCGUGGGGGCCGCCCGCGAGACCACCCGGCACCGGCACAAGGGCGCGUCCGGCGGCUCGUCCCCGGCGCCCAAGCGGGAGAUCUGGGCCGUGGGCACCAGCGGCAAGAAGUACCAGGCGCUGACGGCCACGGAGCAGACGGCGCUGGCGCCCGGCGAGCAGCCGCGGCGUUUCGGCGUCUACCUGGACUACGAGCGGGGCCAGCUGUGCUUCUACAACGCCGAGAGCAUGAGCCACAUCCACACCUUCCACAUCUGCUGCCGCGAGCGCGUCUUCCCUUUCUUCCGCAUCCUGGCCAAGGGCACCCGCAUCAAGAUCUGCACCUGACGGGUCCGGGCUGGCCCCCACCCCACCCCGCCCCACCACACCCCCGCCGUGGGGCUGCGGGGCAUAAAAAAAAGAAAAAAAAAAAAAAAAAAAAAAAAAAAGGGGUGGUGGGGUGUCGGGGGGGUGCUGCCCUCGGCUUCCUGCACCUGCUUCGCUCGUGAGGUUCCUCCUCUUCCUCCUCCUCCUCCUCCUCCUCCUUCUUCUUCUCCUGCUGCUGCUGCUCCUCCGCCCGUGCCGGGAUCCGGCAGCGGCGCCACGGAGCUGGCUCAGCUCAGGAGGGGGAGGCCCCUCGGGAGUUGGGUUUGGGGUUGGGAACGGGGCAGGAUCCACCUUGGAAUUGGGGUUUGGGUUGAAUGGGGCGAGAUCCGCCCCUUUGGAGCCGGUUUUGAGUUAAAACGGGGCAGGAUCGACCCCUUUGGAGCCGGUUUUGGGUUAAAACGGGGCAGGAUCCGCCCCUUUGGAGCUGGUUUUGAGUUAAAACGGGGCAGAAUCCGCCCCUUUGGAGCCGGUUUUGGGUUAAAACGGGGCAGAAUCCGCCCCUUUGGAGCCGGUUUUGGGUUAAAACGGGGCAGGAUCCGCUCCUUUGGAGCCGGUUUUGGGUUAAAACGGGGCAGAAUCCGCCCCUUUGGAGCCGGUUUUGGGUUAAAACGGGGCAGAAUCCGCCCCUUUGGAGCCGGUUUUGGGUUAAAACGGGGCAGGAUCCGCCCCUUUGGAGCUGGUUUUGAGUUAAAACGGGGCAGAAUCCGCCCCUUUGGAGCCGGUUUUGGGUUAAAACGGGGCAGAAUCCGCUCCUUUGGAGGUGAUUUCAGUUUGGAACUGGGAUGGAUUUCCCUUGGAUCUGGUUGCCCGUUCGGUUCCUGGUGCUGGGAGCUGCUCCCUCCCUCCCCCAGUUGUAUCCCAGUUGAAUUUUGGGCCCUUCCCGGACCCCCCCUCCCCCUCCCCACCGGGAGUUUUUCUGCGUUUGGGACCAAAUCCUCUCAAGAUUUGAAACUCCCUCCCUUUGCCCAAAAUCCGCAUUUUUUCAGUGCCUGGAUUUUUUUUUUUUUGGGUUUCACCUGAGCCCCCACCCCCCCAACCCAGCACCAAUGUUCCUGUUCUUCCCCUGCUGUUCUCCUGCUCCUCCAAUCUCCCUUUCCUUGCCAUUUUUUGGGGGAAAAUCCUGGAUUUUCCUCUCCCCUCUGGCACUUUACGGGGCCGGGAGGAGCCGCUUCCGCCCCGCAGCUCUGGAGCUCCCCGAGUUGGGGAUAUUUAUUUUUCCCCCCCCCCUUAUUUCCAGCCGGAUCCUGUCCCACUCGGGAGCUCCCCCUUGCCCCUUUUCCCUCACGUUUCCCCGGAUUUUGGUGGAUUUGGGAAUUUCCUGUUGGCGUUACAGAGCUCGUUCGGGAUAUUUUUGGCUAAAAUGAGAAUUAAAUGGAGAUUUAGUUUUAUGACAUGUCAAUAAUAAAGAAUAAAGAAGUUGUA